GCAACCCCUGAGGACCACGACAAGCAGUAUCUCGAGUUUCGCAACAUUGAACUCUUCGAUCUCGUAGAGGGUUUCCAAGAUGGUCAAUGUUCAUUUUCUGGUCUUGUUCGUCUUGUCAUCAACUAUGGUGACAGUUAUGUGCCAGACGUUCCAGUACAGUCAUGGGUGGACGAACGGAAAAAGGUCAACAUCGCCUGUGUUAGAGGAACUCGUCAAUUCUGUCAGCAAGAAUCCAGGUCAAUUAGACAAUGUCCUUGUUAAUUGUGAGCUACAGAAUCUGAGAUUACUGGUUCGAGAAAAUAUUAACGACCAAUUACUUCAGUUGCCGUGCGAGCUGUUCUUCUCUCUGAAGAAAAGUGUAACCGAGACUAUGGCCAAUGAUCACUUUCAUCGACAACCUAGCUCAACCAGUAGCAAUUAUUAAUGCUGUUACCAUCAUACUUUUGACCACGAAAGCUUCGAUUAAUUGAAAAUUACUAAUAAAGAGCAACUUCUGUAGAAA